UGGGGUAUAUAAAGCAGGUGCCCUCUCAGUCUGAAAAGCAUCAGCAUCCUUCCUUCAACCUGUUGACUGCAAACCUACUGCAACUCCGAGAAAGAAAAAAGAAGAGAAAUAACUGAAGCCAUGAUGUCCACAUUGCAGAAAACCAUCAGACCAGUUUGGGCUGUGAGAGGACUGCAUAAGUCUGCAGUGGAAGUCUUCCAAAAGUUCCCGGCCCCUGAGGACACAGUCACAGCCAGUUAUGGGAAGUUCAUCAGCGAAAUAAAGCCCCAGCACUUGUCCUCUGUGGUGCGUCACCGCAGCAAAAGGAUGGUGCUGGACAGCAUUGGAGUCGGUAUCAUCGGCAGCACAACAGAUGUGUUUGAGCUGGCCCUGCAGCACUGCCAGCACAUGUAUGCUCCUGAUGACAUCAGCUCUGUGUACGGACGCAGGGGCACCAGACUGUCCCCGACACUGGCAGCUUUCGUCAAUGGAGUGGCUACUCACUCUAUGGACUUUGAUGAUACAUGGCACCCUGCCACUCAUCCCUCAGGAGCAGUCCUUCCUGCUGUGUUAGCACUCAGUGACAUGAUGCCUGCUAACAGCAAACCUAGUGGCCUGGACUUCCUGCUGGCGUUCAACGUUGGCAUUGAGAUCCAGGGCAGACUGAUGAGGUUCUCCAAUGAGGCCUACAACAUCCCCAAGAGGUUUCACCCUCCCAGUGUGGUGGGGACUAUGGGAAGUGCAGCCGCCUGUGCUCGCCUCUUGUCUCUGGAUCACUCCCGGUGCAGUCAUGCUCUGGCUAUAGCUGCUUCUCUAUCUGGAGCCCCGAUGGCUAAUGCUGCCACUCAGUCUAAACCCCUCCACAUCGGUAAUGCUGCACGUUUAGGGCUGGAGGCUGCUCUGCUGGCCUCCAGAGGCCUAGAGGCGAGUCCCCUGGUUCUGGAUGCUGUUGCUGGUGUGGCUGGCUUCAAUGCUUUUUAUGAAGAUUAUGUGCCGCAGCCCUUGGAAUCACCCAGUGAUGAUGGCCAUAUGUUCCUGCUAGAGGAGCAGGACAUGGGCUUCAAGCGCUUCCCCGCCCAUCUGGGGAUGCACUGGGUGGCAGAUGCUGCAGCCUCGGUCCAUAAGCUUCUUGUUGGGUUCGGCCCUGGCACUGUCUCCCCAGCUCAGGUCCGAGACAUCUUGCUCAGAGUCCCCAAAUCAAAGUACAUCAACAGGCCAUUCCCUGACUCUGAGCAUGAAGCACGCCACUCCUUCCAGUUCAAUGCUUGCAGCGCUCUCCUGGAUGGCGAGGUGACUGUGCAGUCCUUCACACCUUCUGCCUUAAAGCGCCCUGACCUGCUCGCUCUGCUGAGCCGUGUUCGUGUGGAGCAUCCCCAAGACAACCCAGCUAACUUCAACAGCAUGUAUGGAGAAGUCCAGGUGACACUUGUCGGGGGAGACAUUCUGAAGGGACGCUGUGACACCUUCUACGGGCACUGGCGCAACCCGCUGACCAAUGAGAGCCUGAGAAAGAAGUUCAGAAACAACGCGGGGUCGGUGCUUGCUUCAGAGAAGGUCGAGGGGCUGAUUGAUGUGGUGGAGGAGCUGGACAGACUCGGAGACUGCAGGGCCCUUCUCUCUCAGCUGCAAUGAACACUCACAGUCAUAGACAAAGACAACUAGAUAGAAUUAUUGUGCAUAAAUACGUAGAUUAAAAUAUAUUUAACCAAAAGUGACACAUCUGUCCAAAUCAAUGCUGGAGAAUAUCACUUGUUUAUCUAUUUCACUUGGGAAAGGUGAAAAUCAGCUUCACUGUACACUACAAUUACAUUUCCAUAUGCCUGUCUAUUUUACCAGUACUGAAAUAUCUCUUGAACCAUGUCAGAAAAUAUUUAUCUUAUAUUUAUUGUGCUGAAUGAUUUCAUUGUAUUGUCCCAUAUUUUAUUAAGAAAUGAAUAUGAGUUGUAAAUGCAAUCUACUAACAUUUCAUUUUAUUCCUAUUUAUUGGAUGUAUUAUAUAUUAAUGAUUUUAGAUCAACAUUUUACAUAUAUUAAGUACUAUAUGUAACAUACUGUACCUUGUUAUUGUUCAAAAUAAUCGACUGUUAAAUGUUUAUUUAUUCAAUGCAAAUUUCUGAUGCUUUAAACAUGUAAAUACAAGACUUUCUUCUUUGACAUUUCAUGACGCAAAUGUAGCAUUUCUGUUUAUGUAUUAAGAUUAAAUAAAAUUAGU